AUGAAUAAAGAAUAAGAGAUUUUUAGUAGUUCAAUAGCAAUUAAAAGUAAGAUAUUUUCCAAUCAAUAGAAGGGACAUAAGAGCAUUAUGGGUCUCUUUGGCAUUUCAAUUCUAACAAAUUAUUUAAGUUGAAAUUCUAGACUACUUAAGAAAAUGGGGAGAUAAUAUAUAAAACAGAUGAUGGAUAAAUAUUAAGAGUGUAAAUUUAUUGCUUCUAGCAUAGUGAUUUAGUCGAGGAGGAAUAAAAUUAUGUAAUUUUAGAGAAUUUAGACUACAUUAAACAUCUUUAAUGGAUAGGAGCAGAUAGAUAGAAAAUAAAAGUUGGAAAGUGGAUAGCCACAUGGAAGGGAGAAGUAUUAAAAGAUGUUGGAGGAUGGUAUUUUGAUGGGAAGAAAUAAGGGAUUUGGAAAGAGCCGAUUAGUAAUUACAGAAUGUAAAUAAUAUUCAUUAAUACUAACAGAAGGGCUUAAGUAUUUUAAAGUGGUGAAUACUUGAAUAAUUAGCGUAAGGGAUAUUGGAAAUUUACAUUUGAAAAUGAUGAAAUGUAAUAUAUAUUUAUUAUGAUAUUGUUACUUAGUGGAGGUGGGUAUUACAAUGAAUAAGGUUUGAAAUCUGGUAAGUGGAUAGAAAUAUCUGAAAGUUUUUAUCAGUAAUAAAAAUAAAUAAAAUUAAUUUAAGCUAAAGCUAAAUCACUUAUGAAGGUGAAUACUAAAACGGUGUAAAAAAUGGCGUUUGGAGAAUCAAUUAUCAUUAAAUAGAUGCUAAACCAAAAGUACAAAUGUAUAAAAUUAUAUCAUUAAUAUAAAGAGGUGGAGGUAUGUACGACAAGAAAGGCUUAAAGUAAGGAAAUUGGGUUGAGGUGAAUGAUCAUUUCAGGAGGUAUGAAUAUAUUGGUAAUUUAAUUUUAGGGGAAGUUAAAUUAAAUUUAGUGGGUCUUAUCUGAAUGGGCAAAAAAUAGGUCAAUGGGAUAUAUAUUAUAGAUGUGAUCACAAUAGACCUUUUGAAUUGAUGUAAAAAGUUUCAAGAUAUAUUAAUCCUAGAGGUGGAGGAUUUUUUACCUAAUAAAAUGAGAAAAAUGAUUAUUGGAUUGAAGUUGCGGACAACUAUUAUUAGUAAAUAUUAAUUUGAACAUUUAUUGAAUAGGGAUGGAUAAUUUAUUUAUUAAGGAAAUUACAAGGAGGGAAAGAAAGUUGAUAAAUGGGAAAUCGGAUAUAGAAAACAUAAUUAAAAUAAAUUUUUGGCAAUGUAAAUUUAAUAAUUAAAUAUCUAAGAUGGGGAGGAUAAUACGAUAACGAAGGGGAAAAAACUGAUGAAUGGGAAGAACCAACCGAAAAUUGUUAUUUGUAUUAAUUUAUACAUUCACUGUGAUUUAUAGUUAAGGGUUCGCCUUUUAUAAAGGAAAAUAUAAUUAAGGGAGGAAAAUAGGUACAUGGAAAAUUGAAACGACAUAAGAUUUAGUUAAGUAAAUGAAAAUUUUAUUAAAUUUAGUUCUGGUUGUGGAUUUUAUGACUAGCAAGGUUUGAAGAACGGACCUUGGAUAGAGAUACCUGAAAACUAUUCAAAGUAAUGAUAUUUUGAUAAGUAGAUAUAAUUAGGUUGAAUUUUCAGGAGAAUAUGAAUAAGGAAGAAAAAUUGGAAUUUGGAAUAUAAAAUAAAAUGAUAUCACGUUAGUUCAAUAAUUAAAUUUUAGAAUAUCUUUCAAUAUUGGAGACUGCUAUGAUGAAUAAAAUUUGAAGAAUGGAUUUUGGAUAGAAUUGGAUGACGAGUUUUCAAAGUAAUUUAAUAAAAUAGAAAUAAUAGUAGAGACCGCUAGGUUAUUCAUAGAGGUGAAUACAAAAAUGGAAUGAAAAUAGGUUAAUGGGAUAUUUGUAGGAUUGAAGGAUAAGAUAAUUAUCCAAUUAUGUAAAAUUGAUUUAAUUUUAAUAAAAUCAAAAGUGGGGGAGGAUAAUACGAUGAACGAAGCUUAAAAAAUGGAAGAUGGGUUGAGCUGGACAAUAAUUAUAAUUGGUACAUUUUAGAAUUGAUUUGAAUUUUAGCCAUAAUUAGCUCAAAUAUGAAUGUGAAUAUAAAGGUGGGAUAAAAGUAGGUAGAUGCGAUAUUUCAUAUAGAAGUUCUAAUGACGAAACAUUCGAGUUGAUGUAAAUAGUUUGAUAUUAAUAACAUUUAGUGGUGGUGGAGAAUAUGACAACCAAGGGAUAAAGUAGGGUAAAUGGACUUCUUUAGCUUUAACCUUCUCAGAGUAAAUUAUUAUCAUUUAUUCUUUAAUUAGUGUUUUCUAAGUGAUUGAGUAGGGCUAAAUAAAAGAUGGCUAAAAAGUUGGUAGAUGGACAAAUCAUUUUAGAACUGGUUGCAAUUAAAAAUUUGAAGAAUUGUAUAUAAAAUAAGCUAAAGAUAUUUUUAGAGGAGGAGGGGAUUACAAUGAGCAGGGAAAAAAGAAUGGAAGUUGGAUGGAUAUAUGCGAAUCUCUUCCGACAAAUCACACAUAAACCGUAUUUUGUGGAGAAUACAAAAGGGGGAAAAAAAUAGGUCUUUGGAAUUAAAUGGAAUUAUAAAAAGUUGGAAAUUAAGUAAUAAUGAAGUAUGGUCUUGAACAAAAGUAUGAUAACUGA